CUGCUACAGCGCCUGGCAGGAGGAAGAGACUGCUGACCCACCAUGUUUCUCGCACUAGUGGUGACGCCAGAGCUGAGGGACUUCCUGGCCAGAGCAAGAGGUGGAGCAGUGCGCCUCAUCAAAGUUAGCAUCCAAGACGAGCAGCUGGUGCUGGGGGCCCACAGAGAGCCAGAAAAGAGCUGGGACCAGGAUUAUGACCACUUCCUGCUUCCUCUCCUGGAUGACCAGGAGCCAUGCUAUGUCCUGUACCGCCUUGACUCCCAGAAUGCACAGGGCUACGAGUGGAUCUUCAUAUCAUGGUCUCCUGACCAGUCUCCAGUGAAACAAAAGAUGUUGUACGCUGCCACUCGUGCCACAGUGAAAAAAGAGUUUGGAGGUGGCCAUGUGAAGUAUGAGAUGUUUGGCACAGCUGAGGAGGACGUCUGUUUGCUGGGCUACCAGCGUCAUGUGUCAUCCUGCUCAGGUCCUGCCCCACUCACAUUAGCUGAGCAGGAGCUCCAGAGGAUCAAAAUCACAGAGGGCCGGGUUAAACAGGUGAAAACAGAGAUCAGUGUGGAGAGUAAGCACCAGACACUUCAGGGCCUCGCUUUCCCUCUGCAGGAGACAGCCAAAAGAGCCCUUCAGCAACUUGCCCAAAAACGCAUCAACUACAUACAACUGAGGUUGGAUGUAGAGAAGGAGAUAAUCGAGUUGGUCCAUUCCAACCCGACAGAAACUCGAGAUUUGCCCCGCAGAGUUCCCAAAGACACUCCCAGAUACCACUUCUUCCUUUACAAACACUCCCACGAAGGAGACUACUUGGAAUCAGUCGUGUUCAUUUACUCCAUGCCAGGGUACAGCUGUAGCAUCAAGGAACGAAUGCUAUAUUCCAGCUGCAAGAGUCGACUACUGGAGGAAGUGGAGAAAGAUUAUCAUUUGGAAAUUGUUAAAAAGUUGGAGAUUGACAAUGGAGAUGAACUGACAGAGGAGUUUCUGUAUGACGAGGUCCAUCCCAAGCAGCACGCCCACAAACAGGCCUUCGCUAAGCCCCGUGGCCCAGCAGGAAAAAGGGGACACAAGCGCCUCAUUAAGGGGACAGGAGAGACCACACAGAACAGUUAGAGGCAGAUAGAAAUUCUCCCACAGUCGUGCCUGCAGUUCCAGCUGUCCCCAUUUCCCCAGACCCACUAACACCUCAUCAGGCUCAGAGGAGUGAGCACAUUGAUGGAUUUCCUCUACCGUUUGUGUACUGAAACACUUGUGAUACAUAGCAAACACAGGAAAUGUCCUGAUGAAAUGCCUCUCUUUGUGUUUCUAUUUCUCGCUGUUCCCUCAGACAAAUCAGGCAAAUGAUCAUAACGAUAUAUCUAAGAAAAAAAAAUCAUUCAUGUAUUGAUGACUUCCUCCAUUUGAAAAAAAGCCAGGCUGAAACACAGACAGAUGGCCUUGUUAUUAUGAUGCUCAUCUGUCUGGAUCUUCCAUAGUCAUUAAAAAUAGAUCUGCAGUUUACAACACGAUAGACUGAAUUGUAAAUGCAUAGUCAGAUGUUUCAGUCCUAUUGUCUAGCCUCAAAUACAAGUUUUGUAUCAACAAUGUUUGUAAGAAAAAUAUGCAGAACAAUAUGAAAGGAAAUUCUAAAUAAAACCUUGUUUAUACUGUGGUAUUAGA